AUGUUCACGUCAACUCUCCACCUGCUCUUCAUUCCUGCAGGAGAGAAGGAGAGGAGAGAGCGAUGCUGGGGUCCUGAUCCCCGUGUGUUGGGCCAGGACUGGAGCAUCUCUGUGGCGCUGACCUUCCUGACCAGAAAUGAGAUCCUGUGCAUCCACGACACCUUCCUGAAGCUCUGCCCGCCCGGGAAGUACUACAAGGAGGCCACCCUGACCACGGACCAGGUCAGCUCCCUGCCGGCCCUGAGGGCCAACCCUUUCAGAGACCGAAUCUGCAAAGUGUUCUCCCACAACGACGUGUUCUCCUUUGAGGAUGUGCUGGGCAUGGCGUCGGUGUUCAGUGAGCAGGCCUGCCCCAGCCUGAAGAUCGAGUACGCCUUUCGCAUCUACGAUUUUAAUGAGAAUGGCUUCAUUGAUGAGGAGGACCUGCAGAGGAUUGUUCUCCGACUGCUCAACAGCGAUGACGUGUCAGAGGACCUGCUGACUGACCUCACGAGCCACGUCCUGAACGAGUCAGAUCUGGAUAAUGACAACAUGCUGUCUUUCUCAGAGUUUGAACACGCGAUGAACAAGGCUCCAGACUUCAUGAACUCCUUUCGGAUCCACUUCUGGGGAUGCUGAUGUGGCCACAAAUUCCUUAUCUGGUGACUCCGAGGGGACCACUGGACUGGAAUCCAACUCCUUUCAGGCUCCAGGGGACUCUGAUUAAAAAUAUGACUUUGUCCCUGUCCUGCCCUCACUUACAGAAUAUUGUUUAUUUAAUAAAGCAAAGUAAAAGCC